AUGGCUACCUUAGCUGUGACAGCCAAAAAUUUAACAACCGAUCAAUCUGCACUUCUUCAAUUCAAAUCACAUAUCACUUCCGAUCCCUACAGUGUACUGGCAUAUAACUGGUCCAUUUCUAAUCCAAUCUGUAACUGGAUUGGUAUUUCCUGUGGUGGUCACCAUGAAAGAGUCACAGUCUUGAACCUUUCAUCCAUGGAUCUCGGUGGCACCAUCUCUCCACACCUGGGCAAUCUCUCAUUCCUGGUGAAUCUCGAUCUUAGUUACAACAAUUUCCAUGGCCAUCUGCCAAAUGAACUGGGACAAUUACGCCGACUGAGAGUCUUUUCUAUCAGUAACAAUACAAUAAGUGGAGGUAUUCCGGGAUUCAUUGGUCUCUUAUCCAAACUCCAAAUCCUGAAACUUGAAUUUAAUGGUUUCUUAGGUACCAUCCCAGAUGUUCUCUUCAAUGUAACUACGCUAGAGGCCCUGUGGUCACACAACAAUAAUAUCCAAGGAAGCAUUUCACCAGAGAUUGCGAAGCUCACCAGGUUGAAAAUUUUCUAUAUGGCAAGAAACUUUCUCUCGGGCUCCAUACCUUGGGGCAGCAUCUACAACUGUUCCUUGCUACAAGUGUUUCGUUUAGGCUACAAUUCUUUGUCUGGCAGUCUGCCGGAUGGUCUUUGUAAUCGUCUUCCAAAACUUGAAUGGCUAACUCUAACUGCAAAUGGACUUUCUGGCCAGCUUCCAAGAAGUUUAGGCAACUGCAGCGAGGCUUUUGUUUAUUCAUUUGCGGAGAAUAAAUUUACUGGACUCAUACCACAAAAUAUUGGAAAUUUGAGUAAGCUUACGUGGUUGCUUCUUGAUAGUAACAACUUAGAAGGUAUGAUUCCAUUUAAGCAUAAUUUACUUUCAGCUGGUGUGUGUAUUCAUUAUUAA